AUGGCUCCACCCACCCCAUCUGCCCGCAUAUCCCACCCGCCCACAUCAUCCCCAAAGGCCAAGAAGCGGCGCACUAAAUCCCCGCCCGCACCGACUAUAUUCUUACGAGGUUUCGUCCCCGUACGUGGCGACCCGGAGUAUCCCGAAGCUCGACAAGCAACAGGCGACAACCAGCCGUAUUGGUUCCGAGAAGAGAGGAUGUACGAUCCAUCUCUGUACGAGCACCAGGUGCAUAUGGGCUGGUCGACGAGUAUCAGCAGGGCGGACUUGCGAGAGCCUACCACGACAUCGCUUGAAAAGGCGAGGGCAAAGCAGGCUGGCAGGCCCCACUCAACAACAGCACCCAAGAAGAAUGUGGGAAUGAAGGAUAAGAGGCAGGGGAAAAAGGAUGUUGGUGAGAAGGGAGACAGUGAGAAGAAUAUCAGGCCCUCAAUUGAGACCGCUGCAAAGACGAAAACUGGGGCGUCGGAGGAGAAGGAGGGCCCUUUUACUUCAAAGUAA